AUGGCCCCGAAGCGCAGUGUCCCUCUCGCCGCGCCGAGUCGUGCCGGCUCUUCGCAGCACCAGCCGCACCAGCCGCACCAGCCGCCGUCAGUGAAUCGCGCCGAGCCCAAGAUCGCGCUCGUGACUUCCAAGGAAUGGGUCGUGCCUCCGAGGCCCAAGCCGGGCAGGAAACCGUCCAAGGUUGAUGAUCCAGUGAGUGAUGAGAUUCAUUGUCGAAGGCUGGACACUUGUCUGUGGCAUGCCUGCCGUUGUGGGCGUGUUUGAUGUGCAUCGCCGCGACGGGUCGGUUGCCGAGUUGAGCACUUUACGCGUAAUCGGUGCUGAUUUUGCAAUCGUCUGCUUUAUCACGCUCUACGCUACCUCCAUACCCCAACAUCAGUCCUCCAAAAAGACAACACAGCGCGCAUUUCGGGAAAGGAGACAGGAAUACAUCGCCGAGCUCGAGCAGAAGGUGCGCGCACUCGAAGCCGGCGAAGGCGUCAAGGCCGUCUUCUUCCAAUCGCAGGCCGUCAAAGCCAAGGAAGAGUCGGCACAGUUGCGGAACGAGAACGAGCAACUGCUCAAGCAAGUCACUGACUUGCAGCUCAAGUUGGGCGAGGCGAUCCAUUCUCAUGCACCCAGCCCAAGCUCAAGUACGAGCUCUCCGUCGAGCAGCACUAGACCAUCGACGGCGACUUCGGCAUCGACAUCGACAACCAAGCGACGCCAUUCGACCCGGACCGCGACUGUAGAAGAAGUUCAAGAAGAAUAUAUGGCUCGACGACCCAAACGAUCGAGGCAAGGGUCGGAUGUCUCGACCACCUCGUCAUCGCACGAGCAUAGUCGGACGCCACUCGCCUCGAUUUCGCACAUUGUGCACGCAGCCGACCACGAUGCGCCUCGGGUAACGGACUAUCCGUUCGAGGAAUCGUGUGGUUUCUGCUCGAACGAGUCGUGCCUGUGUUCUCAGGUAUCUGAAUACGCCGCCCCGACGCAUGUCGAGGGCUAUUCGCUCGCCCAGGGGUCGUUCUUCCCGACGGCGAAGCAUCAAUUGUCGCAGGCGAAACCGAUGUUGCCGGCCAUUUCGGACCAAAUCUCAGUCCCAUUGAACCUUCGGAGGCGAACAGGUGGAGCACCCGUCAAGUCGGUGUGGAAGCUGGAGCCCGCUCCGUCAUCAAUCACGCCCAGCGACAAAGGGGCCCCUGUUUGCAGUGGCGAUCCGUCCAACUGUCCUGCAUGUGCCGACGAUCCGUAAGUAUAUCUACCAUUUGAUAUUUCCCUACGUAUGCUUUCGCUGACCCCGACUUUGAUUUCUGAUUCAGGUUCGGCAAAGCCUUUUGCGAAUCGCUCUCACAAUCGGUUUGCUCGACGACGCCUUGCGCCAACUGUCCUUCCCGCCUUCAAACCACCUCAAACCUAAAGAACCGCAUGCCGACACCUCCACCUUCAGUAGAAGAGCUCGACGCAGAAGAGACCGCAGCGCUCCUCGACACCUUCACCGAUCUACCCUGUUGCGGCCAACCAUCGCUUUGCGGCUCGGCGACGUGCGUGCCCGAGGAGGAGCAGGCGCGAGCAGAAGCGAAGCAGAGGUCGAGUGAUGUGAUCGAGAUGUUACCCAAGAGUGUACCGAGUGGGGUGAGGACGAAGGAUAUCCCGUGUUCGGAGGCGUGGUCGGUGCUCAAGUCGCAUCCCAAUAUCGCAUUUACGAGUGAGUCCUCUCGGCUGAGACCCCGGUCGCCGCGGUGAGGCAAAGUUACUGAGGCAUGUUCUUGCCUUUUACCCCUCCCGUUGUCCAGAUCUGCAAAUGCUCGCCGAUGUGGUUGCCAAACGAACGCGAUGCGAUGGUGCUACUUCUUCGCCUGCACUCGAAUCGAUCCGUUCAUCGGACGAGCUCGUGCAACGUCGACGACUGACGGUCGAACGUGGGGCGGUCGAUCAGGCACUCGAAUUACUGAACCAAGGGUCACUGAGGAGAUGA